AAUCCACGUAAUCUUCUUACUUUAUUGAAAUUACUCUCAACAAUGGCUUUUGAGAAAGAAAAACAAACCAUUUACGAUUCAAAGUUUGAGGAAUUAUUGGGACAAACGAGAGAUCUGAUUGGACGAGAAAAUCAAUUUCAAUCGGAUCCGAAUGCACUCUCUGAAGAUGACUUACAAUUGAACAUGGUCAAAAUUUUUGUCCAUUUAUUUUCCGAUGGAUCAGUUCAAAAUUGGCUCAAGUUGCAAAAGUUUCUCCAGUUUUUAACGGAGAAAAAAGUAGUUUUCAAGGAGUUAAGUGAACAGUUAGAACAUUACACUUACAGAUUGCUGUUUCAAUUAGAGUUUUCCAGUGGCGAGUUUACUCAGAAGAAUUUUUUGUCGGAUUUGAAAAUCAGAGUCCACAAAGUUUUCCCGAAGUUUGCAUUUGUGAAAUUACUGAACGCCGAAGACUUCGUGGACUACGAGUAUAAACGACACAGAGGGAAACAGAACAAGAGCAAUUAUUUUGAGGACCUCGACGACAAAAUCACCUCUAAAGUAGACGCUUUCAACAAAUAUGGAGGAGUUGAAAUGUACAAUCCGGAUGAAGCAAAAAUACGGGAGAGACUUUUCAAGGAAAAAACUGGACUUCUCUUGCGCGACUUCGACAAACUCAUUCCUGCAAUUGCUCUUGAAAUUGCCGCAGAAGAAACCCAAAACGUCACCCAGUUAGAAACUAUUCAAAACUCGCUAUUCGGCGCCAAUUUGUUGACAGAUACCCAAGAUCAAGACACCCAGAGAACCACCGGAAGAAUCAUGGACAUGGAUUUGUACCGAAUGCCGAAAGAACCUGCAGCUUUUGCUGGGUCUAAAAGCAAAGUUAUUCCACCAAUCGGAAAACCGAAGUUCGCGCCUGAAUACAAUCUCAAUUCGCCCUCUAGUGGUGAAAUGGCUGGAGUCGCACAUGCUCAGCAUUUGAUGAAAGCGAAUCAUUUGAAAAUAGCAAAAUUCGUUUACCUUCAACCUGUCAGCACCGAGGAGCCGUACAGUUUAGAGCUGAUUGACAAAAGACAUGCAAAAGGGGAACACUAUCUGAUGUCUAACUUUGGGAUUUUGAGGGUUCACAACGAUGGAUUCGUUGAAUCAAUGUCGCUGGCUGACUGGCAUCGCGAGGCUCUCAUCUACCGGACUCUUAGAAGUCUCAAAUUUUUCAAACAGUUUAAAAUUAAAAAGCACUUCAAAUUGUGGAGACGUGGGGCAAACUUGAACAAAAUGACCAAUGUGAGGCUGUUUCUGGAGGAGAGACUGCUUCUUGGGACGCCUUCGUUCAAUGUGGCCUUCUGCCAUUUGCACAAGUUGCUAAUGGAACUUGAAACUGUGGGAGUGGUGCCUGUAAUAGAGGUUGUGGAUCCUAUAACGCUAGCAGAAUUCCAAGAAGUUGUGCAGACGAAAAAAAUAUUCCUUCAGAAAGUGCUGAAAAAGUUCUACGAGUAUUCUGCUAUCAUCAUCAACACCACUCGUGAUAAAAUCCUGGAGAAGCUUCAACUGUGUGAACAAAAAGUGAACACCAAGCCGAAGGCACACGUGAAGGUGAGUUUGUCGCAGCAAAAGGCGAUUUGUGAGGAAAAUGAGCGCAAACUUCUUCUUGCUAGAAGGGAGGCACUUCAACUGGGAAACUUCGUGCAGUUAUUCGAGCGAUAUGUGGCCGAAUAUUUGGUCACAUUCACAAGGAGAGAAUUGCAAAUAUUCACCAAGAAAAUGUUGGAAGUUUACUCGCAUAAAGACGACUUGGCCAAAGAAAAAGUGGACAUCAAACCUUAUCUCUCAAUUCAUCUGACAUUUGACCUCGAUUGCAAACCAAGAGUUGACCCCGAAAUAUCAACAGUCACCGAAUCCAUUAUCGAGUCCCUUUCAACCAUCAUUUCGGCCAUUACAGAAAUAAUCGCGCCUUUUGGAUCUACAGUAAACCCUAUUCUAGAUGGGGCUAAAGGAGUCAAGCCCAAAAAAGGUCAAGGUCAUCCGCGGGUGUCUAGUAGUACAGCAGGAUCAAGGUCAACUGUUAAUCUGCAUCGACCCAGUGGUAGCUUGAACAGAGACUUGGACGAAGAGAUGUCAACAGGAACCGCGAGGUCCCAGAUGUCGGAUGCUCUGCUUAAUAUGUCGAUAGGUUCUGGUCUGGAAAUCAUAGCGGAAGGGUUCAUCGGUCAGUAUGAAGUUCUUAGUCAAACUGACCUCAGCCUCAAACUGGAACAGGACGAAGUUAUCCAGGCACUCAAGUCAGACGUGAAAAGAAUGUGGUGUGAGUGUGAACAGAGUGUGAACGAGUAUUGUGAUGAUGGUUUGUGGGUGGUGCCUAUUUGUGAGUUCAUUCACAAUAUUGACAAAAGAGAGGCAGAUAGUAUCGAUGACGUCAUGAGGAAAGAUUUGCCCGAGAUUCAAAGGGUUUUGAACCAGACCAAAAGAUGGAUUGAGCAGUUGGAGACAUCUCUAGACUUGGAGUGGGUCUCGCCUGAGCUGCUUCUCAAGGUCAGACAAGACACAGUUCACGUGUACAUGAUUCCGAGAUUGAACGAGUUCAUCGAACAGGUGUCCGCGCAACUGUCCAAAAGGGCAAUGGGUAUUUGUGAGGAGCUCACGCAACAGGCUAAUCUGAUGGCUGAGUUUUUGCACACGGCAAGUGACAUGGGUGUGGCAGUGUUUGCUGGAUACUUGAGCGAAGUGAACCGUGCCAAAGUUCAGCUGGGUGAGGCGAGGCCCCGUCUGGACCAUGCCCACUCCUGUCUGCAGACCAUCAAGCUCUGCGUCAGGGCACUCACGGAGGAGGAGCUGAACUCAGUGAGAGCAGUUGAGAGCACUCUCUCUGUCGCCCAAAAACAGCAGAAUGGCGCUAGUGAGUUUGUGCGCAAGAAGCGACUGGAGAUGGAGGUGUUGGUCCGGUCUGAGUUCCAGAAGAGAGAGGAGGAAGUGAGGGCCAUUCUGGCAGAGAGCCAAUCAGAGCAGUUCGUCACUUUGAGUGAUUCAGGAGAGGCGGGGGAGACCUCGCAGGCGAUGAAGAAUGUCAAACAACUGGACGUUCUGAGAGACAAGUGUCUCUACGCUGUCAAGUUGGGAGUGGCUGAGGCCAAGUACUUGCAGAUCAUAAAGAGUGACGAUGGCCCCCCAGGGACGAGGGGUUAUAGUAGUGGAAGUAAGGGGGGUGGUGGGGAUCUGCUGGAGGGGGGAGUGUUGUGGGAUAUGUACAGGCGGGUGGAGGCGAGGAGGGAGCUGUGGAAGUUCCUCCAAGUGGCUCACUCCAUGAUCACAGAGUGGACUCACUUCAAGUUCAGACUUCUCAAAACUCACAAGGUGCGAGCUAAACUAUCUCAGUGGUCUGACUCGAUAUCAGAGAUCCGUCAAUACAUCCCCGAAAAUGACCCGAUUUUACUGGAGAUGUUGAAGAAGAUGGAUUACAUAACUGAGUUGGUAACGGCGGUUGAAUUUAUUCAAGACGCAUGCAACGACAGGAAGACAUGGCGAGAGGCGGUCCAGAAGGCCACGCAAGAUGAAGAUAUUAUAGAUUUGCAAACAGUUCAAGACUUGAUUAAAUUUGAAUUAACCGGGAGAAAUUUAUCUCUAUUACAAUGUUCAAAAAGCUGAUAAACUAAUCAAUCAAUCGCGAAAUCAAA